AUGUCUUCGGCUGCCGGACCGCCUCCACCGCCUCCACCUCCGCCGCGCAAGCCAUCCUUCAACGGCAACCUCUGCGACAAUCUGUUCGAUCUUCUCCCCGCCGAAUUGUUGCUUAUAAUCUACGAGUAUGUGGGUAGUGGUAAUCUCAUGAACCUCGCUCUGGCCAUCUACCCUACCCUGGAGCAGCACAGAAUUGUACCACAGCUUACAGCCAGCACGUACCUUAGCAUAGUACGCGGGGCACAGGGUGCGACGGCGGCGAGACGAUCACUAGUCUUACCACCACCUUUGGAUAGGAUACCCAUGGAGAUUUGGCUCGUUGUAGCUCGGGAUCUAGAACCAAUCGCUAUUCUAUCAAUGAUGGUGGCUCUCGGCAGAUACCCGCGAGAGUCGAUGACCCCAGAGACGGCAACGCGCAUGAGAUCAUGGUGCCGUAGGUCAAAGAGAAAGGAUGCAUCGUGA